AUGAGUCUAGCGGAUAAGAAACGCAAUAGGAGUGACGAGUUCGAAGAGAUAGAAGAGGAGUCUAUUGGAAGGAAUAAAAAAGUACUGAGAUCACCAAACCUGAAACUAAGAAAGGGUGGGGAAGAAAUGGAUUCCGGAAACCUAGAACAUAUGUUCAAGAUGAUGAUGGAACAAAUGAUGGUGGAAAUGAGGAAAAAUACAGAAGAACUAAAGAUAGAGAUCAAGAAUAUGCGGGAAGAAAUGCAGAAAAGAGAGAAAAAAUGGAAUGAGGAAAAGAAAAUGUUAGAGAAAAGAAUUGAAGUUCUGGAAGAUAAGGCUGAAAGAGAGGAAAAAAGAAGGAGGAGAAACAAUAUUGUAGUCAAGAAUGUUGCAAUUGAGGUUGGAAAAGAGAAGGAGGAAAUUCAAACGUACAUAGAAAAUGAACUGAAGACAAAAGUUGAAAUUAAAAGAGCAUACAGAAUAAAUCAAGGUACAAAUAUUGAAAUGUUUGUCGCUGAAGUAGGUAGUUGGGAGCAAAAACAACAGGUAAUGAAGAAGAAACAUAAUUUGAAAGGAAAGAAAACAAUUAUAGAAAACGACCUUACCCCAAAGGAGAGACAAAUCCAGAAGCAGAUCCUAGAAAUAGGAAAAGUGGAGAGAGACAAAGAAAGAAAUGUGAAAAUAGGAUAUCAGAAAAUAACGAUAGAUGGAAUACUAUAUGUCUGGGAUGAGAAGGAACAAGGAGUAAAGGAACAAAAUGUAACUCGGAAGAGAGGAAAUUUAGCAAAAAACUAA